AGCCGCUCCAAACUCAGGUGCGCGUGGCGGUGACGGAGACCGUGAAGCUGCGGCGAACUUCAUAGAAGAAGCAGCGUGGCCGUGCAGCAGCAGCAGCGUUUCCAGGGCGGCUGUCGGUGGAUGAUCAGCAAACAGACCCAGCUCUGCUUCCAGGCCCAAACUCACUCUGUCCAGCAUGCUGAGCCAGGACUUCCUGCAGAAGAUGAAGCUCUUAGAUCUGGAAGGUGUCAGCCAGUACAUCAGCGCUGUCUCCACGCCGAUGCUGGUCAGCGUGGGAGCGGUGGCCGCCGCCACCACCUACUACCUGGCUACGCGACCCAAAGCCCCCCCACCUCUCUGUGACCUGGAGAUGCAGUCCGUCGAGGUUCCGGGCAGUGACUUUGUGCAUCGCUCUGUGCUUCACGAAGGAGACGGUUUCCUGACUCACCUGUAUGAAGAUGCCAGAACUAUGUAUGAGUCCGUCCUCAGAGGAGCGCGAGUCUCCAAUAACGGCCCCUGUUUGGGCUUCAGGAAGCCGAAGCAGCCGUAUGAGUGGAUGUCCUACAAAGAGGUGAUGAAGCGAGCAGAAAAUCUGGGUUCAGCAUUUCUUCACAAAGGACACUCAAAGACCACCGACCCCAACAUUGGUAUUUUCUCCCAGAACAGAGCAGAGUGGACCAUCAGUGAGCUGGCCUGCUACACCUACUCUCUGGUGUCCGUCCCUCUAUACGACACACUGGGAACAGAGGCCAUCUCCUACAUCAUAGAAAAAGCCUCCCUCUCCACGGUGGUGUGUGACGUUGAGGACAAAGCUAAUCUGGUGUUGGACUGCAUCAAAGACAUGGAGCACUCCCUGAAGACCAUCGUUCUGAUGGAGACCCCCAGCGCCAGCCUGGUGGACAGAGGCCAGCAGGCGGGGGUCCAGAUCCUGAGUCUGCAGGAGAUGGAGGCCCUCGGAGAGGCCAACCAUCACAUUCCAGUUCCCCCCCAGCCUGAUGACAUGGCGGUGGUCUGCUUCACCAGUGGAACCACAGGGAGCCCCAAAGGAGCCAUGCUGACGCAUGGGAACAUCGUGUCCAACUGCUCCUCCUUCAUCAAACUGACCCAGGUCAGCUGUCCGCUGAGUCCCAGCGACGUCCAUAUCUCCUACCUCCCUUUGGCUCACAUGUUUGAAAGAGUGGUCCAGGGGAUCAUGUUCGUGCAAGGAGCCAGAAUCGGAUUUUUCCAGGGAGACAUUCGCCGUCUGUCAGACGAUCUGAUAGCGCUGAGGCCUACGGUGUUCCCCGUCGUACCCAGACUCCUCAACCGGAUGCAUGAUAAGAUCUUUGGGCAGGCCAACACCUCUGUGAAGCGCUGGCUGCUGGAGCUGGCCUACAGGAGGAAGCAUGCGGAGCUCAUGAGAGGCAUCGUACGGACAGACAGCAUCUGGGAUCAGCUCAUCUUCAGGAAGGUUCAGGAGGUCAAGGCAGCCAUCUUGGAGGACAUAGUGCGGCUUGGCAAAGAGGGAGGCCUCAAAUCCUUUGAACAGGUUAAGGCCAUCCACAUCCACACAGAGAUGUUCUCCAUCGAGAACGGCCUGCUCACCCCGACCAUGAAGGCCAAGAGGAACGAGAUGCGGCAGUGCUUCAGGUCCCAGAUAGACCAGUUGUACGCCACCAUCAGCAUGUAGAAGGAUGGCGUUGCUUUUGCAUGAGGGGGCAAUGAAUGGAGGAGAACGAAUGUGAUCACGUGUUGAGGCUGUCAUUCUGCGACACGACAAACAGGCAGAGCAGGCUAACACGUAGCUUAGAGCGUCUUUAAAAGUUGGAUUUCUGAAGCUCAGAGUCCAGACGGGUCUUUGAUCAAACCUACCAAACUGAUCUGUAUGAUUUAACAGAAUCCAAUCUGCUCCAAUCUGGGAGUCUUGAAGGGAAACCAGCCAUAUUUCUUACCUUUUUGUAAACAGUUUUUAUGUCUACAUCAGAUGACACUGAGCUCACUGUGACUGUAUGAAUAAGCUCGGUAGCUGCUGAACUGGACGCCCAGCUGGGUCUGAUCCACAACUCAGGUGCCUACAGGAAUAGAACAGGAAAUCUGUCCAAGUUUUAAUUUAUUUUUUAAUACAAGAGGAAAAUAUUUGUCAGAGGAGUUCUUCUCAAUUAAUGUUUUUAUGAUGAAAUGUUAAUCAGCUGGUUGUUUUGUAAAAGAUUUAAUUAAAGGCAUCUAAAUGAUC